AUGUCUACCACUGACGGUGACGCGGCGGGGAAGCCAAGUUCGGGAAAAGUUGAGCAUGGCCCCGUACCACCGGCGCCGGAGCAGCUACCCCAGCAGCAAUCGGCUACCGAGAUUACCUCAUCCGCCUCCGCCGCCGCUGCCGCCGCCUCUUCGUCCUCGUCAUCCCAGCCGGGUCCUGUUGUUGGUCCCGACGACGAGGAAGCCGGAGCAGCCGCGUCUUACGAGCAAGAGCACGUGCACAGCGUCUACGAGUCCAUUGCCCCGCACUUUUCGGCGACGCGGUACAAGCCGUGGCCCGUGAUUGCCUCUUUUCUCACGUCGCUGGCCCCGGGCUCCGUCGGCCUCGACGUCGGCUGCGGCAACGGCAAGUACCUGGCCGUCAACCCGUCGGUGCACAUUGUGGGCUCGGACCGGAGCGCCAACCUGGUCCGCAUCGCGCGCGACCACGGCGGGCGCGAGCGGGCUUGCGAUGUCGCCGUGGCCGACGGGCUGGCUCUGCCUUUUCCCCCCGGCCGUGCCGACUUUGCCAUUUGUGUCGCCGUCGUGCACCACAUGUCGACCCGGGCCCGGAGGCGCGAGGCCGUGGCCGCCCUGCUCGAGUCGGUGCGCCCCGGCUCGGGCAAAAUCCUCGUCUACGUCUGGGCCCUCGAGCAGGCCAGCAGCCGCCGCGGCUGGGACGAGGGCGCCGACCAGGACCAGCUCGUGCCCUGGGUGUAUCGACCCAAGACCAAGCCCGAUGGCAGUGGUGACACCACGUACCAGCGCUACUAUCACUUGUAUCGCAAGGGAGAGCUCGAGGAAGACAUUGUGGCCGUGGGCGGCAGGGUUGUCGACAGUGGCUACGACAGAGACAAUUGGUGGGCCGUGGCAAGUCGAGACUAG